AUGUCUCCCUCACUACAACUGGACACCCGAAUUUCAGCGGAUGAGAAACUCCCCUCAUGCUCGUCCAAAACGCUCGUCGCCGCGCCUCCUGUGCCUUCACCGAUCUCCCCCCAGGACUACGACCCUUCCAUCAACGCAAAGCCAUACUCCCCUUUCUACCGUCAUGCGACCCUUACAACAAUCCCCAUGGACGGCCAAGUCGGCCAGCCCACAACAACUAAGACCGCCGCGGUGCUCGACGGCCCAUACGAGCUGGAAAGCGCGACAUCAUGUCAGAAGCAAUCAGAAGAAUCGCAGAAAAACCGAGGGUCGAAACUGUGGGAACAGCGACGGCGACGGUGCAGCUACUUUCAUUCCCUCCCGAAGAAACAGCGGUUGACGAUCAAAGUGAUUGUGGCGAUUGUCACCGUGGGGAGCAUGGUCGCCAUUGCUCUGGGAAUUACAGUUGCGGUGGGUGGAGGGGUGUGGAAAUCAGAUCAUCAACAAGGGGCGAUUGGUUCAAGGUAA